UCCAUCGGGCCGAUCGAGGAUCCCUGCAGAGUGCAGAUAGAGCGGCGUCACCGCAGCGCCACCCAACGGAACCAGUGGACAGGAACUACCCGUCCACCAGAACGCGCCGGCUGCGCAACGCCAAACUCCCAUGGCGAUCGGGACUCUUCACUCGCCGAGGCUGACGAGCCGGCCGCUCGCGGGACGGCGUGCGGCGGCGAGGUGCAGGUGCUCCACCGCCCCGCUCUUCGCGAAGCGGCUGCCGCUCGUCGUCGUCUUCCCUCGCUUCGGCGCAUCCUGCUCCGCCGUGCAGGAGUCAUCCGCCGCAGCUGCCGCCGCCUCCACCUCAGUUACUGAGAAGAAGGAUGCGGACGGUGAGAAGAAGGAAGCCGCCGCGGAGGCGAAGCCAGCAGCCAAGCCCGCAGCGGCCAAGCCGAAGAAGGCGCCGCCGAAGCCGCUGCCGGAGAUGAUGCAGGAGGAGAUCAUCCCUCCUCUCAAGACUGCGCUCGAGGCCGAGGAGGACGUGUCCCAAGUCGUGCUGUCCUUCCAAAACAACACGUUGGAAGGCUCCUUCAUAAAGGAAGACAUUCCCUAUUAUUUUUGGGCCUUCUUUCCACAGGGAAACCUGACAGGACCUAAGGGCUUCGCGAUGACGUCAUACUCCAUGGAGGUGAGCACCAUCGAGCCCUUCCUGAUCGACGAGAAGAAGGUCACUCCCGAGUACGUGGUGUUCUGGGUUUACAAGAGGCUGGCUGGCCAGGGGAUCCUCCCGGUCUGGAAGGAAGAGGACCUGAGCCCAGCAGAGUAGUAGUAAGUAGUUACACAUGCAAGAUACAGCAUACAGGGUGAUCAUACGGGCACAAGUUCUGUGUAUAGGAUGUCCAUGUCUAAUUGUGAAUUGGGUAAAAGCUGCGGUAAAAGUUCGUUUGCUGAUAUCUUAGAUAAUCUUGAUGAUCA